UGUCCGUCAAUCCGCUCCGGUUCCGCCCCGCCCUCCUCUCUCCGUUCCCUCACGCCGGCCUCGGCGCGGCCCGUUGUUAUGACGACAUGGUCGUAAAUCCGCCAUCUUCCUGCGGCGCGUUGCGACAUGGAGGGCGCGAUGGCAGUGCGGGUGACGGCCGCUCAUACGGCAGAAGCCCCGGCCGAAGCCGGGCGAGAAGCGGGCGAGGGUGCGGUUGCGGCGGUGGCGGCGGCCUUGGCCCCCAGCGGCUUCCUCGGCCUCCCGGCGCCCUUCAGCGAGGAAGAUGAGGACGAUGUGCACAGAUGCGGCCGCUGCCAGGCGGAGUUCACCGCCUUGGAGGAUUUUGUUCAGCACAAGAUUCAGAAGGCCUGCCAGCGGGCCCCUCAGGAGGCCCUGCCUGCCACUCCUGCCACCACAGCGUUGCUGGGCCAGGAGGUGGUGCCGGCAGCCCCAGGCCCAGAGGAGCCCAUCACUGUGGCCCACAUUGUAGUGGAGGCAGCCUCCCUGGCAGCAGACAUCAGCCACGCACCUGACCUUGUUGGUGGUGGGCACAUCAAAGAGGUCAUCGUGGGUGCUGAGGCGGAGCCGGGGGACAGUGAGAUGGCCGAGGCCCCGGGCAGCCCCCACCAGCAGGGACUGGGGCUCGCAGGGGAGGGCGAGCCGGCCCAGGUGAAGCUACUGGUGAACAAGGAUGGCCGCUAUGUGUGUGCACUGUGCCACAAGACCUUCAAGACGGGCAGCAUCCUCAAGGCCCACAUGGUCACUCACAGCAGCCGCAAGGACCACGAGUGCAAGCUCUGUGGGGCCUCCUUCCGCACCAAGGGCUCACUCAUCCGGCACCACCGGCGGCAUACGGACGAGCGCCCCUACAAGUGCUCCAAGUGUGGGAAGAGCUUCCGGGAGUCGGGCGCACUGACCCGGCACCUCAAGUCUCUCACCCCCUGCACGGAGAAAAUCCGCUUCAGUGUGAGCAAGGAUGUGGUUGUCAGCAAAGAGGAUGCACCUGCAGGGUCUGGAGCUGGAGCUGCCACCUUGGGGACAGUCACAUCAUCAUCGGUGACAGGCGAGCCCAUAGAGACUUCACCUGUGAUUCACCUGGUGACAGAUGCCAAGGGCACCGUCAUCCACGAAGUCCACGUCCAGAUGCAGGAGCUGCCCCUGGGCAUGAAAACCCUGGCCCCGGAGCCCCCCGUCUCCCAGGAGCUCCCCUGCUCCAGUGAGGGCAGCCGAGAGAACCUGCUGCACCAGGCCAUGCAGAACUCCGGCAUCGUCCUUGAGCGCACCGCUGGGGAGGAGGGUGCCCUGGAGCCAGCCCCUGCUGCUGGGUCCAGUCCCCAGCCCCUGGCAGAGGCAGCCCCGCAGCUGCCGGUACUGGAAGUGCAGCCGCUAGAGACACAGGUGGCCAGCGAGGCCUCAGCGGUGCCCAGGACCCACCCAUGUCCUCAGUGCAGUGAGACCUUCCCGACAGCAGCCACCCUGGAGGCCCACAAGAGGGGCCACACCGGGCCGAGGCCGUUCGCCUGUGUGCAGUGUGGCAAGGCCUUCCCCAAGGCCUACCUGCUCAAGAAGCACCAGGAGGUGCACGUGCGUGAGCGCCGCUUCCGCUGUGGCGACUGCGGGAAGCUCUACAAGACCAUCGCCCAUGUGCGCGGCCACCGGCGCGUCCACUCAGACGAGCGGCCAUACCCUUGUCCCGAGUGUGGCAAGCGCUACAAGACUAAGAACGCACAGCAGGUGCACUUCCGGACACAUCUGGAGGAGAAGCCGCAUGUGUGCCAGUUCUGCAGCCGUGGCUUCCGAGAGAAGGGCUCGCUGGUGCGGCACGUGCGACACCACACAGGCGAGAAGCCAUUCAAGUGCUACAAGUGCGGCCGUGGCUUCGCUGAGCACGGCACGCUGAACCGGCACCUGCGCACCAAAGGGGGCUGCCUGCUGGAGGUGGAGGAGUUGCUGGUGUCCGAGGAGAGCCCCGCGGCAGCCACCACCGUUCUCGCAGAGGACCCGCACACGGUGUUGGUGGAGUUCUCGUCCGUGGUAGCCGACACCCAGGAGUAUAUCAUUGAGGCCACUGCGGAUGAUGCGGAGACCAGUGAGGCCACGGAGAUCAUCGAGGGCACCCAGACGGAGGUGGACAGCCACAUCAUGAAGGUGGUGCAGCAGAUUGUGCACCAGGCCAGCGCCGGCCACCAGAUCAUUGUGCAGAAUGUCACCAUGGAUGAGGAGACAGCGCUGGGCCCAGAGGCGGCUGCUGCCGACACCAUCACCAUCGCAACCCCCGAGAGCCUGACAGAACAGGUGGCCAUGACACUGGCCUCAGCCAUCAGCGAGGGCACUGUGCUUGCCACCCGGGCAGGGGCGAGUGGCACUGAACAGGCCACUGUGACCAUGGUGUCAUCAGAGGACAUCGAGAUCCUGGAGCAUGCAGGCGAGCUGGUCAUCUCCUCGCCAGAGGGCCAGCUGGAGGUGCAGACGGUCAUCGUCUAGCAUGAGGUCUGCGGGGUCCUGGCCGGCCAGGGACAGGGCAGAGGACCUGAGCGCCCCGCCAAUGCCUGCCUGGCAGAGAAGAAGACACAGAAUGGAGGCGCCCCAAGAUGGGCAGUGUACAUAAGAGUUUCUUGUUGCUUUCCAAUAAAACAUGAGAACCUGCA